CAGUCGCAGAUGAUGGGCAUCAUUACUUUGCUGGUGAUGAUCUUGUCACUUCAACGCAUGUUCGCCGUCAACGGCGAUAACUUCUCCGACACAUACAAAGCCACAGAAAAUAUCUUAGUUAACUGUGGCUCCUCCACCUCCGUUCAACUCGGUGAACGGAGAGCCACUCCUGAUAAUAUAAGCUCUCCACAGUUUUCUCUGAUUCAAAAUCCCCUCUCGUUAUCAAUUCAGGCCAACUCAUCCUCACUCAACAACAUCCGUUCUUCCGUUAACUACGUCCUUUAUACCACCGCACGCCUUUCUCGCUCAGAAUUCACAUACUCGUUUCUGGUCACUGAGGGCCCUAAGUUUGUUCGUCUUCAUUUUUACCCAUCUUCCUAUUCCAACUUUGAUCGCUAUUCCUCACUCUUCUCUGUUAAAUCAGGUCCCUUCACCCUUCUUAAAGACUUUAACGCUUCACUCACUGCAGAUAACGAUGAUGAUUCCAGAACGAUCGUGUUCCGAGAAUACUGUAUCAAGGUCCAACGUGGGGAGCAGAGGCUGAAUGUUACCUUCAUACCCAACACCGCCAUGAGUCUGCAUGCUUACGCUUUUAUUAACGGGAUCGAGGUUGUUUCUGUUCCCUCUUAUCUUUACUACACAAAACCAGAAGACCGAGGUUUUUAUAUUGUUGGUCACAGCUCCCUCUACCAAAUCGAAAGCAACAUGGCCCUGGAGACAAUGUAUAGAAUUAACGCUGGUGGCCGUCAAAUCUCACCAGAUCAAGACACAGGAAUGUUCCGUCGUUGGGACGAGGAGGAGCAAUACUCGACGGAGUAUGGUCUAACUCGAGUUUAUUUCGGCCCAGACAAACUGAGAUACACGCAAAUUUCCAAUUACAGUGCGCCAGAGGAAGUAUACAGAACUGGCCUUAGCUGUGGUCCGGGCGAGAGGGCGGAAACGUAUAACGUGACUCGGGAAUUUGAAGUGGACUCACAGUUCUUGUACUUGGUGAGGCUCCACUUUUGUGAUAUUAUGCCCUAUACUGGAAAUACUAGCGAAGUAUUUUUUCAGAUAUUCAUUGCUGAUAAAUUGGCUCAGCAUCACGCUGAUGUGUUGCUGUGGGCGCAAGGCAAUCCGACUCCUUACUAUAAAGACUACGCGGUGUGGAUGUUGAGCAAUGAUCAAAAGUUGAAGAAACUUAAUCUUUCCAUCAAGUUGCAACCAUAUGAUGGCGGAGAUAUAAGCUUAUACAGGGACGUGAUAUUGAACGGAAUUGAGAUAUUCAAAAUAAGUGAUGCCAAUUCCAAUCUCCAGGGUCCCAAUCCCGACCCACGUCUAAACCCAUACUCACCACAGAUCAACUCCCAAAAGCCUAGAACCUCCAACAAAAGGACAAAGAUCUUCGUCGUUGCUGGAACAACUUCAGGACUCAUUCUACUAUCUAUCAUAUUUCUCAUUAUCUGGCAACUUAGAACUCGGAUACAGUACUCCGCAGCCACGUUGGAAAGUAACAAGCACAGCUCGUCAUCUCUACCAUCCGAUUUGUGUCGAUGCUUUUCAAUCGCUGAGAUCAAAGCGGCCACAAACAAUUUCGAUGAUAUCUUCAUAAUAGGCGUUGGAGGUUUCGGUAACGUGUAUAAGGGUUACAUUGACAACAAUACACUACCGGUCGCAAUCAAACGGCUCAAACCCGGUUCGCAACAAGGGGCUCAGGAGUUCCUAACUGAGAUUGUGAUGCUCUCUUAUCUUCGUCAUGUUCAUUUGGUGUCCCUAAUGGGAUAUUGCAAUGAAGGUGACGAGAUGAUCCUGGUUUAUGAGUUCAUGGCGCAUGGGACUUUUUUUGACCAUCUUUAUGGGUCUGAUUGUAAAGAACCUCUUUCUUGGAAGCAAAGAUUGGAGGUAAGCCUUGGGGCGGCGCGUGGAUUACACUACCUUCAUUCAGGAGCCGGCCACAACAUCAUUCAUCGAGACGUGAAGAGCACAAACAUCUUACUGGAUGAGAAAUGGGUGGCCAAGGUUUCCGAUUUCGGACUAUCCAAAGUGGGACCUGCCGGAGUGUCUCGGUCUCACAUAAGCACAGUGGUGAAAGGGAGUGUGGGGUAUUUGGACCCAGAAUACUACAAGCGUCAACGUUUGACUUUAAAGUCUGACGUGUACUCAUUUGGGGUUGUGCUUCUGGAAGUAUUGUGUGGACGACGGCCCUUGCUACGUACGGUGGAGAAGCAGAAGGCAAAUUUAGUGGACUGGUUUAGAAGAUGCCACCGUGAAGGAGUGAUUCAUGAGACAGUGGAUCCGUUUCUGAUAGAAAGUAUAACACCAGAGUGCUUGAAAGCCUUCAGUGACAUGGCGUUGAGUUGUUUGGCUGAUGAUGGCAAUGAACGGCCAUCGAUGAACGAUGUGGUGUGGGGCUUAGAGUUUGCGAUGAAGUUGCAAGAGAGCACAGAGGACCCAGUUAUGGAUGCGAAUAGUGGGGCCCAAAAAGAGGAGGAAGAAGAGACAUUGUUGAUGAAGAGAGUGAUGGAAGAUGAUGCAGAUAAGUGUUCUGAGAUUCACUAAAAGUAAAUCCUUAUAUAUAUAGCAGGAAUCCUAAAGAAUAAAGCUAGAUGUCAAUAUUAAUUUUCGAGUGUGUAGAAGCGCAUGUCCUAAAACAGUUAUGUUACUUCUAAUUUUU